CGGCGGCGGCGGCGGCUGAGGGAGAGGGAGCCAGAAUAGGAUGGGGCACUGAGGGCGUCUGGAGGCGCCGCGGGAAGUCGAAUAAUGGCGCGGAGCAGUCGGGCUCUCGGCAGGGCUCUGGUGGAGAGGUUGGCAGUGCCUUCGCGUAGAGUAGCCCUCAGGCAUUUGACUUCUUGGGAAAUAUUGGUGAGCAAAGCACCACUGCCACAAAUACCAGCAAAAAAUUGUGCCUUUCCAAGAAGAACUUACUUCAACUUCACUGCACCAUUCGUGAACAAAAGGAAAGAAUAUUCAGAAAGAAGAAUUAUAGGGUAUUCUAUGCAAGAAAUGUAUGACGUGGUAGCUGUUGUAAGUGAAUACAAGAACUUUGUUCCUUGGUGCAAAAAAUCAGACGUAUUAUCCAAACGUACAGGAUACUGCAAAGCUAAAUUAGAAGUAGGAUUUCCUCCUGUGUUGGAAAGAUACACAUCAGUUAUUACACUAGUCAGACCUCACUUGGUUAAGAUUUCUUUUGAGUUUCGCUCCCUUCUGCAUUCUCAGCUUGCCACAUUGUUCUUUGAUGAAGUUGUUAAACAGAUGGUAGCUGCAUUUGAAAGAAGAGCAGGCAAGCUCUAUGGUCCAGAAACUACAAUACCUCGAGAGUUAAUGCUCCAUGAAGUGCAUCAUACAUAAAGUAGUUUUGACAUUUCUUGGGACACCAUCUUCACAUGAGAGAUGUUUUUCUCAUGUGGGCUUCCAAUUACAUGGGGCAUUUUUUGCCAAUUAUGUAUAAUACUACUGUAUAAAACAUGCAUGUUAAGAUGCAGGUGUACAUAGAAGCUUCAGUCAAGUGCAAUUCUAAGGUGCUGGUAAGUUCACUGAGUGGCAGCUACAUUUACAAUGGCCUCUCCUCAUCUUUUCAGCGUGUAUAAAACUCAGCACUGUUACCAGAUCUAUAGCCUUAUUUUGACAAAAUGUUUAAUAUUUACUAUUGAAAUCAAGGUUAAGUUAUUAUUUUAAAUGCAUAUUUAAGUUAUUUUUAGUAUUCAAAACUAGCUUUUAACAAGCAGUGUGCAUUUCUAUAAACAAAAGUUUUUGUAGUGCAUAAACUUUAGUAACAAACUUAAUAUGCAGUAUUUUAGUAAGUUGUAUGAAUCCUACAGAAAGGGCUCAGAUUCAUCAGUACAUUAUUUAAUAUGGUACUGUAGUAAACUGUUGCAAGGUUCCAACAGGUAACUUACCUAUACUAGGGGUCUUCUAUGAAUAAUCAUGAAUUCUAGCUUUAAAAAACGUUCCAGUUAAUGACAAACCAUAAUGCCUGGGGGGUUUAUGGCUCUCUCCUACCAGCAGAACUGACAGUGCUAACAAAGCACAUUCCCCACCUUUCUCCAUAGUUGGAAAACAAAUUAGGAAUAAACAGUAAAAAGAAUACCACUGUUUGCCAGAGUUGGCUUCUGUAACUUUGGCAUUAACUAUAUGUGACUAUAGUUAAAACAGUGUAUUUGAAUUUAACAUCUUUAUAAUUUUAUAUAUUGCUGUACUCACCAUUUGUAAUACAGUUUGAUGAUUCUAGCUUGAUUCAUAAACAUACUAUUUGCCCUAUGACUAUUUUUGAUACUAUACACUCCUCUCAUUUUUUAUUUUCAUAAAUGUGAGAGUACUGUAAUCGAUGGUCAGCUGUAUUCCUUACUACAAACUGUUUCACAAUGGUCAUAAGCCCCAUCAUCAAAUUAACUCUCUGGAGCCUUAAUCAUGAAAAAUGGUUACUCAGGCAAGAAAAGUUUGUAGAUCAAAUUGAAGUACAGCUGGAUUCUAAGUGGCUUCAGUGCAGUUCUAAUUUCAGUCACAAUGUUAUCAAAACUUUUGUACUAGAAAGGCAGCUCAAUCACUCUGCUUUCUGUUUUCAUGUAGUUGAAGAAAAAUAACUUGACAACUAUUUUAUAUGAAAGUUUUAACUUUUGAAAAAUAACCUUUCCUUGAAAAAUAAGACUU